UUCUGCGCGAGAAUAAAUAGCACACACGAGCGAGCACACACAGCCGAAAGCACUUCGGCCUGUUAGACACCAAAAUGUUUACCUGCAUCAACACUUCGUGCAGUGAGAUUUAAUUCGCGGGUGAUUGACAUGAUGAUAUAAUUCGAAAUGUCUGGAUGACCUUCUCAUCGGAAGCGCUGGGAAUGACAAUGUCUCCAGUUUUUCCAGUUUUACUUCAGGCAGCUGGAAGCCGCAAACCAUAAAGCGACUCUUCGGUGCAACCCGACACGGACGAAUGCCUUAAAUAUUAUUGUCAUCAUUUGUCAUGAUGGACUGUCUAUCACGCAAUGCGUACUGGCCUCUUAUUCGCUUUCUGUUGCCGCUAGCCAUUACUAAUAUAGCCAUCGACUUCGGAGAACAGGCACUAAACAGGGGCAUCGCUUCUGUGAAAGAGGACAGGGUUGAGAUGUUGGCCAGCUAUGGUCUGGCAUACUCGCUUAUGAAGUUCUUCACUGGACCCAUGAGCGACUUCAAAAAUGUGGGACUCGUGUUUGUCAACAGUAAGAAGGAGAGAACCAAGGCAGUCCUCUGUAUGGUUGUGGCUGGGGUCAUUGCCAUCAGCCUCCACAUCCUAAUAGCUUACACAGAUCUGGGCUACUACAUCAUAAAUAAGCUCCACCAUGUGGAUGAUUCAGUAGGAAACAAAACGAGAAAGGCAUUCCUGUACCUCGCAGUAUUUCCAUUAUUAGAUGCAAUGGCAUGGAUUCAUGCUGGAAUCCUCCUGAAGCACAAGCACAGCCUGCUAGUGGGAUCUGCCUCCAUCUCUGAUGUUGUUGCACAGAUAAUAUUUGUGGCGAUUCUUCUCCAGAGUAACCUGGAAUGUUCAGAGCCUCUUCUUAUUCCCAUUCUGUCUCUGUACAUGGGAGCUCUGGUGCGGUUCACUAUCGUGGGACUGGGCUACUACUGUAACGUCCAUGACAACAUUCCUGAAUCAAGCAGCCUCGAACUGGGGGGCGAUGUCACCGUAAGGAAGAUGCUUAGUUUCUGGUGGCCGCUUGCCCUCAUUUUGGCCACUCAGCGCAUCAGCAGGCCCAUUGUCAAUCUGUUUGUCUCUCGGAACCUCAAAGGCAGCGCCGCAUCAACUGAAGCGGUAGCAGUACUCACAGCAACAUAUCCGGUUGGUCAUAUGCCCUACGGAUGGUUAACAGAACUGCGUGCCAUCUAUCCAGCUUUCGAUAAGAAUAACCCUACUAAUAAGUUAGCCAGUGGUCUGACGGUCACCAAAUCACAUAUCCAGAGGUUCACGCUUUGCUCUUUUCUCCUCUCCUUAACGAUGUGUUUCAUUGUAUUCUGGACCCCUCAUGUUUCUGAACGCAUCCUGGUAGAUGUCAUUGGGGUGGAUAUGGCCUUCGCACAGCUCUGCAUCAUUCCACUGAGAGUCUUUUCCUUCUUCCCUGUGCCUGUUACAGUUCGAGCUCAUCUGACAGGCUGGUUAAUGACGUUGAAGAGAACUUGUGUUCUGGCACCUAGUUCAGUUCUGCGCAUCGCUGUGCUCAUCACCAGCCUUCUAGUGCUGCCUUACAUGGGAGUGCAUGGUGCCACACUGGGAGUGGGGUCUUUAUUAGCAGGAUUCGUGGGGGAGUCCACCAUGGUCGCAGUGGCUGCCUGUUAUGUAUACCGAAAACAGAAGAAAACCCCAGAAGCAGAAAUGGUUGUGGAGGACAACUCUUCCCCGAUGAAUGAAGUCACCUCCAGGACAGAGUUAGAUGUCAUUGAAGAGGCUGAGAAUGAGCAGAUGGAAACAGAAGAUGAAUGAAUCUAGGCAUGGAAAGAAAAACAAGGAUGGAAGAUACAUGUUUUCCUUUCAUUUGCUGUACAAUGUUUUGGAUUUUUGACGAUGAGAGUCUAACUAGUACUAGUACUUUAUCAUUAUAUUGUUAUUAUUUUUUACAUUUCUACAAUCUCUCCAUUACCCCAGUGGGACUGUCAGAUUGAUCGAUGCUUGUUUGGGGUAGGAUGAGCAGAUUUGCAUGUCUACAUAAAAUGCACUCCUGCACUUUUUGCACUGAGGCAUAUUUACACAGAUGUCUUCCAAAGUUCAUGUUCUGCAGCCUGUAAACAUUUUUGCCAAAAUAGACCCUUACAAUCAGAAAAAAAUCCUUGGAGAAAGAAUGCAUAAAGAACGGGCUUAAAAGAUGUUUUAAUGACUGUACUGUUAUCUGACCUAUUUACCCUGGGAAUGUUUCCCUUUUGCCUUGAGACGCACAAUGAAUAGUUACACUUUGAGUGUAUUAUAACUUGUUCAAGAGGAAUUUAUUUUACUGACUUGGGGCACAGACUAGAUUUGAUUGUAUAUGUCAGUUGCUUUAUUUUUGUAUUCACUGCACAAAUUCAGGUUUUGUAUACUUUGCAAAUGCCAUUGAGACAUUUAAGUCUGAAGAUAACUUCUCUAUAAAAGACUAUUUAUUUGAGCUUUUGUGAAUGCAUGAAGAGAUCAUUUCUGAUUAGAUUUGAUCUGAUCCAAUAUUUUGUGCUGGGACCACAUUAUAGAAUCCAUUUUUUUUUCCAGAUCUUAGAAAUUUAUGGUACGCUUCACUUUCAAUGUCUAUUUUGCAAAUUACUAAAUGGAAUGUAGGUUUUGGCCAUUUUUAGGUCCUGUUUUAGGCGCUUAUGUUACUCUGUGAUUGUGGUCUAACUGAAUGUCAGCACAUACAAAUAAACCAAGCACAUAUGAAUGCAUUAUGGCUAUUAAACAAAUGUUGUGCUAAGCUGUUCUUUUUCGCAUUUCUUGUGUUUUGUGCAUAUAAAAGAGAGAGGCUGAAUAGAGUCAUAGAAUAAUUUAUUCAUAUUUCCUCAAAAGAUUUUGUCUUCCAGUUCUUGAAAAAUUAGAAUUAUACAUAAUACUGUAUAACAUUGUAUGUUUGGCAAUAAAGUUAGUCAGUGUUAAUCUGUCAGUCAUAAAUACAAAAAUUCAGAUGAGCAACAAAAGAAAAUACCACCAAAAUAAAAAGUGCCAGUACUUUUGCUUCACUCCACAAUGAGCUAAAUAUUAAGCUGUCUUGAACUCUUCUUGGCAUCUAUAUCACCAGUUGUCUGCUAACGUGAUUUAUGCACAUUAUUGUUACAUGUAAACAUAACAUGAGGGCAACAAUAGUUAUUCUGACUACUAGAGUCUAAGUGCUCUAAUUUAAAAACUGACAAUAUUGUGUGUAGAUAGGCCUGU